CUAACUUUUAAAUCUGACAAAUUGGAUCAGGUCUGAUCUAUAGGAGUAAACAUUGAAGGUUCAUAUUUACAUUUUUCUUCAUAAUUUAUUCCUUGCAUCAAUCUCGAACUGUAGUUCUUAAGCUCAAUAAUUUACUUUUCAAUUAUCUAUAGACAAGGAAAUACAAAACACAUAACAUGAAUGUCCAUAAUACCAAUACUGAUUUAACUGAAGAAGAUGCCGCAGAUUUGCAGUUUCCUAAAGACGAAUGUUUUACAGCAUUUUAUAAAUGCGUUAAGUGCGAUACCGAAUUGUUUGACACUUUUAUUUUGUGUGUUCAAUGUGACUUUAAUCUAUGUACUAAGUGUUUUGCGAAUGGGGCUGAGGUGGGUCCACACAGGAAUGAUCACAAUUACAAGGUGAUGAGCAAUGAGUUUGAACUCUUCAAGAGUUCAGACUGGACAGCCAAAGAGGAGAUGAUCUUGCUCAAUGGCAUUUUAACAUUGAGCAAUUUCAGCAAGAUAACAACACUUCUGCCAAACAAAAGUUUUAAAGAUAUUAAGAAACAUUAUGAUUAUUACUAUCUUAUGAGAAAAGGUAGUGAUCAGCUACCUAAAGUCCAGAUAGAUGAUCAUGUCAUGCAGCCUGUUGUGCCUUACAGGUUUAGGUUAAAUAAUGUGCAAGACCCAAUCAGAAGCAGAGACUCUGCACCAGCUGGAUACAAUGCAGCUAGAUCGGAUUUUGAAUUUGAUUUUGAUAAGAAUGCAGAAGAUACUAUAAGUACAUUAGAAUUAUUUGAUUCAGAACACAAAUUUUAUGAUAUAGCUAGUGAUUUGCAGAAGGCAAUAGUGAAUGCGUAUAGAAGAAAAGUGUGGGAAAGGCAGAGGAGAAAAAAUAUAAUAAGGGAGCAUGGGCUUAUUAUGCAGCAGAAGACUACUUCAUGGUUACAUAGGUAUGAUAUGACAAUUACGCCUCCGAUAUAUGAGAAACUGAUUCGAUUCAUGCAAUUUUUCAAUGGGAGGGGCUUUGAAUACUUAAUGGAGGGUUUGCACAGGGCUGGAGAGCUGAAAAUCCAAAUAGCAAGAUUGUGUGAGUUUAGAAAGCAAGGAAUCACAACUCUCGAUGAGGCCCAAUUAUAUGUUAAACUGAAGAAUCUCCGAGAAGAUAGUGUAAAAGAAAUAAAACGGUAUCAGCAGAUUGCUGAACUAAAUAUUAAAUACAAGAAUAUCCCAGUUCCGAUAAACAUAUGUCCAGUGAAAAGGAGAAGUCGCACGCCUCUAGAAAUUAUCGGAAUGCCUGGAUACGAGAAACUGUUGCAAACGGAGAGGGAUUUGUGCAGGAAUAUAAGAUUGCCGCCGUUGAACUAUUUAGAACUGAAAGCAGUGCUAAUUGCCGAAAACAACAAGAUGGGACAUUUGAAGUUACUGACGGCCCGAAGACUGCUCAAAAUAGAUGUGAAUAAAACGAGGAAACUGUACGACUUCUUAAUUCAAGAAGGCUAUGUUAAGAAACCUAAGGAAUAGAAACGCGCUGUAGAUAUUUACUAUAAAUAUAAACGUAUAGAAUUGUAAA